AUGACUUUGAUUUCAUCCUUCUUCAGCUGUUUUGGCAUCUCUUCAAACUCAUUAUCUCAAGUUUUUGAUUAUGAUAAAAAAUUAUCUCAAUCAAAAUCUUCAUCAUCGGAGAAAUCAAAGAGCAAGGAAAUAAUAAAAGGAGCUCCUUUGGUGGUUUAUCAUUUUCCUGUUAACUCUAAUCUCUCGCUUUUGUAG